AUGGCUGCCUCGCCCGAGGUAUUCGAACUGUGGCCCGAUGGGGCCCCCGGGGCGAAGGGUUCGGCCGAGCACGACGUCCCUACGCUUUCCGUCUAUCGUGCCGCUGAGGCGGGCGAGGAUGAGACAGUGGUGGUCGUUUGCCCCGGUGGCGGAUAUGGUCACCUGGCGGUCGAUCACGAGGGGCAGCAAAUCGCCGAGUGGUUGAACGCGAACAACAUCACUGCCGCGGUGUUGCGGUAUCGCCAUGCUCCGCACUAUCAGCACCCUGCCCCGCUGAACGACGUUCAACGGGCUUUGCGGUUGGUUCGUUCGCCCGAGUCGCCGCUGAAGCUGGGCGCCAAGAAUGUCGGCAUCAUCGGCUUCUCCGCCGGUGGGCACUUGGCCUCGACCGCGGGAACGCACUUCGACGCCGGGGAUUCGAGUGCCACCGACCCGGUGAGCCGCGCCAGCUCGCGACCCGACUUCAUGAUGCUGGUGUACCCCGUGAUUUCGUUCACCACCGAGUUCACCCAUAAGGGAUCGCGCCGCAACCUGCUGGGUGACAACCCUUCAGAGGAACUGCAAAACUCGCUUUCUAACGAGACGCAGGUGACGAAAGAGACACCGCCUACGUUCCUGGUGCAUACGACCACCGAUCGGGGUGUACCGCCGGAGAAUAGCGUCUUGUUCUACGGGGCCCUCCGUCGCAACGAUGUGCCGGCCGAGCUGCACAUCUUCGCCGAAGGCCCGCAUGGGUUUGGGCUGGGCAAGGAUGAUCCGAUUCUCUCCACCUGGCCUAAGCUGGCCGUGCAGUGGAUCGACCGGAUGGGCUUUGUGCCUUUCCUCCGGCGCAGUGCUGUUAGUGUCGCCGGGCUUGGUUCGCUGGGAAUUCUCCCCGGCUGCGGGCAGCGCGGGGAAACGCCUGCGAGUUCCUCCGAAGUGGACACCGGCCCCCUGCUGACGCCGCGCGUUCCGGGCUCAAUCCGUCAGGCGAGUCGUGAGGAAGUUGAUCUUGAACUGCAGGUGAUUGCGGGCAAGCUGCCCGAGGGGUUGCGGGGGCACGUCUUCAGUGUGGCGGCGUUGCCCGACGAUCGCGACGGGUAUGUGUUCAACGGCGACGGCAUGCUGUACCGCAUCGACUUCACCGGCGACACGGUUCUUCUCAAAUCGCGUAUCGCGAGAACGCCCAGCUACUUUGCCGACCAGGCGACCGUGGGAACCGAAGACGAAUUCCUCGACGCGGGGGUGCUCCGGCUUUCGCCCACGCUGGGUGCGCAGGAACAGGCGAACCAUGCGAUUGUCCCCUUCGGCGAUGCGCUGCUGGUGACCACCGACACGGGCCGGCCUUAUGUGCUCGACCCUGCCAGCCUGGAACUUCGCAAUCCGUUGGGUACGAACGCCGAGUGGAAGUCUGCCCUGGGCGAACCGCUUAUCUCGGGCCCCUUCCCUGCGAUUCUGACCGCGGCUCAUCCGUACUUCGACGCCAACACCGAAGAACUGUUCGGCAUCAACUACGCACCGCCGCUUCCUGCCAGCGAGCCGUUUACCGAUCUGCUGCGAUGGCAGGCUGGCGGGACCGUGCAGCGGUGGAAGCUGGUCGAUGCGGAUGGCAACCCGGUGUUGAUCAAACAGUCGGCCCAUCAGGUGGCUGCCACCCGCGACUUUGUGUUGGUGGCCGACACUGCGUUUCGGUUUGGUGGCGAAGAAGAUUUGGUCGAACGUCGCACGACCCCGCAGGCGCCCGACACACCGGUCUACAUCAUUCGUCGCGAUGCGAUGACCGACGAUGUGAACGAAGUGGCGGUGCAGCGGGGGGGCAUCCCGCGCGAGAUUUUUCAUUUCCUUGUCGAUUACGAAAACCCGAAGGGGCAAAUCACGCUGCACGCCGCACACGCUGCUGCUUGGGACUUUUCAGAUGGGCUGCGGGCCGACGAUCGUUUGGGCACCGUGCGACAGCCGGUGCGGCGGGGGCUGCGGGGGAUGCCAUCGACGCCUACGGAUAUCGGAGUACUCGGACGGCACACCAUCGAUACCGGCACUGGCGAGGUGGUUGAGUCGGAUUUGCUGCAAGACCCCGAGUUCACUUGGGGAGCCGCGCUCUUCACGCUGCCGUACGAGCAGAUCCCAGAGCAUGUCGAAUCGAUCUUCUGGUUGUCGUUUGGUUUCUCGGAAGAGAUGCUUUCGUGGCGCACCGCGCGGGCUUACGAAAACUACGAGCACCGCCAAAUCGACUACAGCAAGUUGCCCAUUCUGGGGCGACCUUCGGCGCUGUUCCGGCUCGAUGUUCCUUCGAUGCAAAUCGCCGACGGUUACCAAUUCCCCCCGGGCCGUUUCGCCACCGCACCGCAGUUUCUCCCGCGAACUGAUGAGCCGACGGCCGACGCCACAUCCGGCUACAUCCUGUGCGCGGUCAUCUCCGACGACGCGAGCACCGAGGGUUCCUCCGGCGACGAGUUGUGGAUCUUCGACGCUGAAAACCUCAAGCUCGGCCCGCUCUGCCGCCUCGGCCACCCAAAGCUCGAUAUUGCCUUCCUGCAGCACAGUGUAUGGGUUCCGGUGUUGAAGGAACCUGCAGAAGUGGCGAGUGUGUCGGUGCGAGAGGAUUUCGAGCCGCGGCUGGAAGGUCAACCGGAAGAGGUGAAGCGGUUGUUUGAGGAGAAGGUGACGAAUAUCAUGUACUCAAGCGCAAAAGCAUUCGGCGGAAUUUUGUUACUGAGCCUCGGAGUGCUGUUCGUCCCGCACCAGUGUUUGGGCGGCGAAGCAAUCAGUCGAAGCCCCGAGGAGGACUUACAAGCUCUGAAGAGAGCACGUGUCCUCGUUCAGCAACGCGAUGUAAUUGUACAUGAUCUCUUCGAAGCCUUUAGGCGAGACAGUUCCGGAAGAGGAUUGGCCGGCCUUGCAAGAAUCGAGGCGGCUCAAACCCUCGCUGAACUUGGCGAAGUGCGAAUCAUUCGCCUCUUGAUCGAAGAGGUUACUUAUCGAAAAGGACAUGUGACUCUCGAAGUGCAAGGCUUUCUGGGACGUUACCCAAUGGCGCUCGUCUUGAUGCAUGAAAACCUGCGACACUGUACCCCGCACAGAAUUGUGCAAUACCUUGGCGGCACGCGCUCAAACAGAAUUAAUCAGGAAGCUAUCGACGUUUUAUCGCACUUUAUGUUGGAGUGUUUUUCGGAAGAUGAUGGUGGUUCGGAGCUGGCGUUCCAUUUAGUUCGAAGAGCACUGGAAAGCCCGAAUACAUUGAACGCCGAGCGUUUGAAGGCUCUUGAAGACGGGAUGAAACGCAUCUGCAGCGAUCGAUACUAG